AUCACUGAUCACUUUGGAAAAUGGGUUGCUGCCUGCUGAUUGCUGGGCGGUUGCUUCAAAGUGUUAUCAGCUCGUUGAAAAUGAAACUUUUUAUAUAACACGACGCCUGUUAAUAUUAUUCGAUGAAAUUUGUACAAAAUGGACAGGGAUUUUCUUUUGGCCAGGCAAUUACAAAAGGAAGAACACAAAGCUUUGAAACAUACAAAUAAGCCAGAAUCAACGCAAAAGAAAUCAAUAUCCAUUGUGGACCCAGAAUGGGAAAACAUCGAUCCUACGCCCAAUAUAUAUAACUUAUUUCAAAUAUUCGACAAAAAAUACUUCUGGAAUUCUCUCGGGAGUGUUGAAGUGAAAUGGAGCCCGAGGAUGUACAGUUGUGCUGGAAUAUGCACUUACAAGGGCAAAAGAGGUGGUUGUGUUAUCAGUUUGAGCUUGCCUUUAUUGAAACUUCGUCCGAGAAAAGAUUUAGUGGAAACACUCUUGCAUGAAAUGAUCCAUGCUUAUCUGUUUCUUACAAAGAACAAUAGGGACCGAGACGGUCAUGGGCCUGAAUUUCAAAAACACAUGAACAGGAUCAAUAAAGAGUCUGGGACACACAUAACGAUCUACCAUUCAUUUCAUGAUGAAGUACGUGUGUAUAAAACCCAUUGGUGGCGUUGUGAUGGUGUUUGCCGAGACCAGAAGCCAUUUUAUGGCAUGGUCAAAAGGUCAAUGAACAGAGCUCCUGGGCCAAACGAUUUCUGGUUUGCAGACCACCAAGCUCGAUGUGGCGGGAAAUUUAUCAAAAUAAAAGAACCAGAGGGAUUUAAAUCAAGAAAUAAAAAAUCAAAACUAAAUCAAGAUGAUACUUUGGGCCAGAAGACUAUAGAUAAGUUUCUUAGUAAUAAUAAAAACUUGCCAAUUAAGGACAAUGUCACAAACAAAAUCCAUAGUUUCAGUAGUACAGCCGAUAAGGGAGUUGAGCAAGAAAAAGCCUCAAAAAGUCCUAUUGUUCCAUUUUCCGGUGUUGGGCAUGUACUAACCUCUUCGACUGCACCUGCGGACAGAUCGAAAAGCAAGCUGCUACAAUUAUUUGGAAAUCAGGCCAAGAGGGUGAAACUAAACAACGGCAAUCCUUUAAAAGUUAUCGAUCUUACUGCGACCCCAAGCACGUCGAAUGGCAAGAAACUCAACUGCCCUGUUUGCAACGAGCCAGUUGAAAGUACAGUCAUGAAUGAACAUCUCGACCUUUGUGCUCAAUUGGACUCAGUUUUCGAAACAUCGAAGUUUGAAUUGAGUGAUGAUGAUGACAUUGUAGAAGUGGAGAACUUUGACACUAAAUGCCCAAUAUGCAAUGCCAGCCUAAACCCAGAUGGUGUUAACGAACAUUUGGAUAUAUGCAUUGGUGUAAAUGAAACUAUAAACAAUUCUUAUGGAAUUAAUGAUUUGAGAGAAGAUCAUAUUGUAGAAUGCCCAUGUUGUGGACAUAAAUGUCCCAUGAAUUCAAUAAACGAACAUAUUGAUGCAUGUUUAAAAUAAGUGCCUAUUUAAUGACUGUGAUUUUUUUCUUGUAGUAUAUAUAUGUAUGAUAAAUGCUUUUUGUACUGUAUUGUUCAAUAAAAAUAUAUUGACCAGU